UCGCUAUCACUCAUAAGGAGAAGUUAAUAAUACCUAGUAUCUUUUUGAAAUUAAGGGAGUAGUAUAUGUAGAUAGAUUUAUGCUUAGUCAUAGCCGCAACAAACUCUGGUAGUUGUUAUCUCAAUGCUGGAGUUACACAGUGCAGUUGGCCCGCUGCGGCCACGACUGCCAGCCUUCACCAACGCGCGCUGCACGCGGUGCGGUAUAGGAGGUCUGCCUGGACCUGCUCCACGGUGCGGGUUAUCUCAUACCGGUGCGGUAUGAGAUAACCCGACGGCGUGUAGCCGUGAACUACGCUCGUAGAAACUGUGGAGACAUGCUGGUUCCUGUCGAAUAUAAGGGGGUGAGCAAAUGGGUCAGGGUACCAAAGGUGGAGGAGGUCUUCAGUUUCUCUGAAUUUUUACAAGGAGUGCUGGCAAAAUUCAAUUUGUCAGGUUUUACUGCUUUGAUGCUCAAGGAUUCUGCAGGAGUUGAAGUGGAUUCUGACAUCUUUGAUGAGCUUUUGAAGUCAUCUCAGGUGUCCUUCAAGGCCUGCACUGAAGAUUGCAAUGACAACAGUGUUGGAGAGUCUUCAGAGGGCUCAUCCUUAUCUGAUUGGUCACCAUCACGUGCAUCCCAUGGGGCAUCUUCAAGCUCAGACUCAACAAUUAUAGCUCGAAGAAAACGGCUGAUUGAAGGACCCCCUGACAGCAGCAAUGCUCGCGAUUGACCAAAAUAAUCACAGAAUACGAGAAAACAAAGAGUCUGUCGGAUGGUACAAGAAGAAGGAUGAUCAACAUACUUGUGGCUGACAUGGUAGAGAGCCAUGGGAGGAUCCCUCCAGUAAAUAUCCGCAGUACGCACGCACUUGGCAUUACAACCUUGUUCCCAAAUUUGAAGGACCCGGAUUCAAAGAAUGGUUAUGAGCAUUUCUAUGAUCACCAGAGUGGUUCUGGUUACCUGGCAUGGAGGCUGAAAACUGUGCAGCGCAACUCUGCCCAAGAGAUCAAGAAAUCAAGGUCCAGCUUUCAGGAUGGCCCUAAGACUCAGCGCAGCAUGCAUUCACCUGUUAGACAGUUGUCAGGUGAUGAAUGCAAUGAAGCUAUAUCAGUGAUGAGGCACUCAAGUGACACAACCCUCGUCCAAGAAAAAAUGAAGGCAACAUUUCGGAAAAGACAAAAGGUUGUUCAAGACCCAGCCACAGCUUCCACUGUCCUAGACCUUUUUCCAAGAUUCCUCGACACACCAGGCUUGAUCGACCAAGACUUCAAUAUGCUCGUUGGUGAUGAAGUGACUGGUAAAUUCCUCGCUAAAUGGCCAACAUUCUUCAAACCGAAGGUCAUUGCGGAGUGCAAAAAUCUUCCUCGAAGUGUGCACGUGGAUGACCUCCUUUUGUCUGCCCAACAGGAAUCUGAUGAUGAUGAUGGUGUAGUAUGGGACUGUGAGGUUGCCGCCAUCUGCCUGUUGCUUCACCUGUUGCCUCCAACAUCCAAGGGCAAGAAGUCUGCAAAGAUCAGCACAACGGUUGCUACUGUCCGCCUGGUGAAGUUCCUUAAGGUGGGGAGAAGCAUGGAGACCUUCCUGAAGGAAACUGGCCCUGCUCAGCCCUUUCUCCUGUGUGUUGGAGAACGAAAAAACAGCAUCCAGAAUUUCUACAUCAUCCUGGACCAAAAGGCCAUUCCCUCCAAGACGCAGACUGGAGUUGCUGCCUUUGACGAGCUCUUCAAGGCACAGUUUGCUUUUGCUGUGUCCUAUCAUGAGGCGCUGUGCAACUUCUACACCUUCAUCCAGACAACCGUGUAUGGCAUUGACGUUGGCAGUGUGAAGGAGACCCCUCGGGUGAAGGAAAUUAGAGUAAGACUUCUUCACAGUUCAUUUUGAAGAGGAACUCAUUUCUGACUUGAAAUGUUUACAUGUUACAUUUGCAAGGUACAGCACAGAAAUUGUUCAUUGUUAUGUCGACAUUUGAAGUUCCAGCAUGGAUUGUACCCAGGAAGGUCUUUGCGUUUGCGUUGUGGAGAGGCUGGUUGUUCAUUUGUUUUUUGCACAUACUUCGGUUACCAGCGGCACUUAUCUCGAGCACAUAAGGAUGGUGGUGAUUCAGAUUCCGUCAGUGAUGUUGAGUUUGUUCCUGCAACUAAUGUUGGAGCUUCUGUUUCUAAUGUAGUUAAUGUAGAUCCUCCUGCGACUGUCACUACACACAUUCCAAUUGAUAAAACGAAAAUACUAGACAUGUGCAGCUCUGUUAUUGCUCAACUGCAAUCCUCAGGAGUUCCUGAAAGUACGGUGCAGGGUUUAGUUGGUUCAAUGGAGGAACUGGUCGAUGACAUCCAUGCCCAUGCAAAAUAAACCGUUGUUGAAUGUUUGUCAUCUGAAGCAUCCGGAGACACAUUGAAAAAAGUUCAGGAUUGUUUUGGUCAGCUUGAAAAUCCAUUUUCAUCUCUUAACACAGAAUCUAAACGAAAGAACCCCUUAGAAGAAAAAUGGAAAAUAGUGGAACCAGUGGAGUAUAUUCUUGGUGUGCGUUUUGAUACACGCAGAGAUAGAACAACAGGAACAUAUAGGCAAGUUCUCCCAUAAAGACUCGAUCACUGAUAAGUAUGAACAGGAUUUAUUUCAAUAACGACAUGGGAAUAUUUUGCAUGGUAAAUCUUUGGCAUGAGCCCCGUCACUGAUCCAGGGUGACGUGCGGACUCGGCGUAUCCUGCCAGGACUAGCAGGGGCGGAGCCUUCCCCUGGACAAGUAGACUGAGGCCGACCUGGUGGUGGUGGGGUGGAUGGAGGUGCGUCGAACGAAGACCUGAGCAGCAAAGACAUAUGUUAGACUACUCUUUAUAGAGCAGGUGUAGGCAGGUGAUUGGUAGCUGGUGAUUGGUGAUUGGCGGCCAGCCGCGCGUGAUUUGAGUCCUCCUGGUAGAACUACCAGCAAGCUUAACAUUUCUCCCAUAAAGACUCGAUCACUGAUAAGUAUGAACAGGAUUUAUUUAAAUAACGACAUGGGAAUAUUUUGCAUGGUAAAUCUUUGGCAUGAGCCCCGUCACUGAUCCAGGGUGACGUGCGGACUCGGCGUAUCCUGCCAGGACUAGCAGGGGUGGAGCCUUCCCCAAAAGAGAGGACGUAGGCCUACGCCGGAAAUAGGUGAUAACUCGGCAUGUCCUGCCGGGACUGGCAGGGGCGGAGCCGACCCCAAAAAUAGAAUAGCGAAAGGGGGUAAUGAGACCAUACAUACCUGCGUAGAAGAAGUGGACAAGGAUCUAUACUGCUUCUGGAAGAUAAAAGGCAUACCCAAUAUACGACAUAUUAAGAGUCAAUCAUACAUACCGUAAAACGAUAAGCUUAAAACCGUCAGCGAGAUCGAUGAAUCACGUAGAAGCAGUUGACAUGAAAUACCUCAACGAGAUCAAUUAAAAUUUAGAGCACUCUGCAGCUGUUACGCAGCGAGCCACGAGUGCUUUCGUGCUGUACCAACUGCCGUGGUCGAUUCACUCUCCGGGGUCGCUGCGUGACCUGAGUGCUUUCGCGUUGAACCACCGACGUGGUCAACGAACUCACGAGUGCCCUCGAUGUGCCACCGACGUGGUCACGCUCUCACCGGUGUUGUUGCAGCAAGUAUUGUGAACUUCCAUGUUGAACACCGACGUGGUCAACGAAAUCACGAGUGCCCUUGAUGUGCCACCGACGUGGUCACGCACUCACCGGUGUUGCUGCAGCAAAUAUUGUGUACUUCCGUGUUGAACACCGACGUGUUCAAUGAACUCCGAGUGCCCUGCACUUGAGUGUUUGAUAUUAUGCCACCGACGUGGUAAUUAAAUUUGCAUGUGCCCGAGUUGUGCCCACCGACGUGGUCAACGCACUACCAGGGUUGCUGCAGCGAACGUGGAGUUCUGUGUUGUACCGCACCGACGUGCGCAACGAACUCACGAGUGCUUGAGUUGUUCCCACCGACGUGGGCAACGCACUCACCGGGGUUGCUGCAACGAACUAGAGUGAUGAGUUGUACCGCACCGACGUGCGCAACGAACUCACGAGUGCUUGAGUUGUUCCCACCGACGUGAGCAACGCACUCACCGGGGUUACUGCAGUCAAACCAUGAGUAUUAGAUAACGUGCCACCGACGUGGUCAUACUCACGAGUGCCCGAGUUGUUACCACCGACGUGGUCAACGCACUCACCGGGGUUGCCGCUGCAACCUUGAGUUUUAUUUUCCUAUGUACGCCACUGACGUGACAGCGAACUCAAGAGUGUUUUCUAGAUGAUCCACCGACGUGGUCACACUCGCCGGGGUUGCUGCAGGUUAACCUGAGUUAUGAAACCGAAUUUUGCUUUAUGAAUUUAGUACCUGAUAACCACCACCGCCGGUAGUUGCAAAUAGUGUUGCUUUUGGCAAUGAAAAUUAUGACUAAGUCGUCAUCAACAAACCUUUAUCGCGUGAGAAAAACGAGACUGGACGCAACGUGGAUGCUGGGCAUGUGACAAUAGCAGUGAUUAAAUGCAUAGUACAAUAUAGUUGGCGAAUAAACCAAGACUAAAAAGUGUUUUACGAAAAUAAGACUGCUAAAAUGUCUCUUCAUUUUCAUUGACCUAAACUAGGCGAUAAAGACUUAUAACGUUAUUUUGUUCGACUGGAACUUCAACUGUUCCAGACAUAACAUCAAUUUUCAACCAUUUACCUUAUUUAACAAAACUACGCACUUGUAACUUCGAUAAUAUCUAAAUGGAAUUACGAUAACACUGGAAAGAGUAUGAAUGUAACUAAAACUAAAAAAAACUAAAAUGACAGCUUGACACAAGACUAGACCAACACUAGAAAGGAAACAGGCCACCAAAAACAGCUAUGGUUGCAAACGUGUAAAACCUGUCUUAACCGACGUUAGAGAGCAUCGUGUGCGCUUGAAGAAAGAACCUUGAAUUCGACCGGAUGUAGGACGUAGAGUUCUGUGUUGUACCGCACAGAUGUGUGCAACGAACUCACGACUAGUGCCUGAGUUGUGCCCCAGUUGUGCGUUGACCCACCGGGGUUACUGCAGUCAACCAUGAGUAAUAGAUAACGUGCCGCCGACGUGGUCAUAGUCACGAGUGCCCGAGUUGUUACCGCUGCGCUUUGGUCAACGCACUCACCGGGGUCGCCGUAGCGAACCUUGAGUUUUAUUUUUUCCAUGAUAUGCCACCAACGUGACACCAAACUCAAAGAGUGUUUUCUAGAUGAUCCACCGACGUGGUCGAACUUGCCGGGGUUGCUGCAGGUUAACCUUGAGUUAUAUAGCCGAAUUUUGCUUUAUGAGUUUAGUACCUGAUAACCACCACCAUCAGUAGUUGCAAAUAGUGUUGCUUUUGACACCGAAAAUGAUGACUAAAUGUCGUCAUCGACAAACCUUUAUCGCGUGAGGAAAACAAUGCUGGUCAUAUGACAAUAACUAUAAUUAAAUGCGUAGUGCGAUGUUGUUGGCGAAUACAAACGAGACUGAAAGUGUUUUACAAAAUAAGACUGCUAAAAUGUCUUCAUUUCCGUUGACCUAAACUAGGCGAUAAACUGUAAUAACGUUUUGUCCAAACGGAACUUCAACUGUUUAAGACAUAACAUCAAUUUUCGACCGUUUACCUUAUUUAUCAAAUCUACGCACUUGUAUCUUUGAUAAUACCUAAACGGAAUUUCAAUAUGUUGCAUAUUCUUGAAGAAAGUUGUCCAAUCCCGGGAUGCUUUUAACUGACUUCAUUUAUUAUAAAGUCGGCAUGUUUCGGUAUGGUAACUGAAGCUUAACGGAGGGAAUUGUAUCUAACGCGUGUGAGAGGAAAAUACCGUGAUCUACUUAGGCCCGGGGUGGCUCUCUGCCGUCUACCUAUUGAUCUCUGGCCUCUCGAGUUCGAAACCACCCGCUAGAGAGGACGUCAAGUGGGCGUGGCCUAGUGGGCGUGGCCGGGGUGACGUAAAGGCUUCGGCUCCUUCUGUGGUGGAGCAGCCUUCAAUAAGGUCUUGCUCCCAUUGUGGCUAUGUGAGGGAAAUGCAGCUCCUUAAAAUACUUAUCACAUAUCACUAGAAAGAGUAUGAACGUGUCUAAACUAAUAAAAACAAAAGUGACACCUUGACACAAAGACUAAAACUAGAAUGGAAACAGGCCGCCAAAAACAGCUGUAGUAGCAAACGUGAUAAACCUGCCUUAACCGACGUUAGAGCAUCGUGUGCGCUUGAAGGAAGAACCAUGAAUUCGACCGGAUGUAGGAUUCGUAAGCUGUGGAAGACCGCUUUCCCAGCCGUUUGAUAGACGCGACCGGCAACCCUUGUUCAGCGGCUGUGGUCGCCGCUCCAAUCCGGAAGGAGUGGCCAAUGUAGAGGGGAGAUGGUGGGCCGCACCCUUCUACCACCGUCGCGAGAUUGACUCUGAACCACCCUUUAGUCAUUGGCAGGCCGCAAAUAAACAGGUGAUUCGGGGACGUGCGUUGCCGAAGCUUGAGAUAAAGGAACAUGGAAGCGUAAGGACAGAGAGUUGUUGAUUCUUGAAAUGAUAAUAGUAACAGCUGCUCCUAGGCUAUCGCUUUUAGAUGAAAAAAUGCCUUGCAGAGAAGGUGACAUCAGCGAAAGUCAGGCCCCGUGUAGGGGAAAAAGUCUGAGUAGGAGACGUGUACGCAUAAACCCAACGCAUAAACCCGAGAACGCAUAAACCCGUAAAACGCAUGAACCCGUAGAACGCAUGACCCGUAGAACACAUGAAGCCGUAGAACACAUGAACCCGUAGAACGCUGUGAGAAACACUGACUCGAGUAAUAUGUUAAAAUAAGGAUGAAAACUCCCAGAGAGAGCACACUAAUCUAUUCAAAAUAUCGAGUGAGUUGGAGUGGCCAACACACAUAAAUAAUUGUAAUACACCAAAAUUGUUAACUGACAUACAUGGCUAAACAAGCAAAUGAAAAAUUAAAUACCCCGUGUAGGGGAAAAGUCUGAGUAGGAGACGUGGACGCAUGAACGCAUGAACCCGAGAACGCAUGAACCCGUAGAACUGUGAGAAAACACCGUCUCGAGUAAUAUGUUAAAAUAAGGAUGAAAUCUCCCAGCUCUGAGAGAGCACACUAAUCUUUUUGAAAUAUCGAGCGAGUUGGAGUGGCCUACACGCGUAAAUAAUUGUAAUAGGCCUACACCAACAUUGUUAACUGUCAUACGUAGCUAAACGAGCAAAUGAAAAAUUAAAUACCAACGCGACUGAAGCUAUUAACAAUAAGACUAUAAAUAAUCAUAUAAAAUGAUACCAUAAUGUACCUGUUCUUUGUCUUUGGAUCUUUUGAAUAAAUUGAACGAUAUGUGAAUCGCAUUGCGAGCAGAGGAACGUGAGAGUUAGUGAGCAGCAGCUGAACCAAUCUAAAAGGCCCUUCGUCAAUAAAAACCUUUUAGUAAUAAUCAGUUACCACAGUGCCUAAAACCCAUCAACUUCAUUCAUGUUAAAGUGAAGGGAAAAACCUCAGACACAAGGAGUUAACCAAACAGUACACGGUAUAAAGAUAAUUAUGAACCUUUGAUUGCGAACGUCGAGUUCUGUGUUGUACCACACCGACGUGUGCAACGAACUCAACGAAUUCAACCGGAUGUAAAAUCCGUAUGCUGUGGAAGACCACCUUCCCAGCCGUUUUGACGCUGCUUUGUUAUCGCAAAACAUGGUUAUACGUUAACGCCGCCAUGCUUUGCCCCACAGAACGCUAGCUGCUGCGAUAGGGUAAAGCUCAAACAGCGCAGACGACUCUGACCCGAGGGCGAACGUACCAGCUUCGACUGGCCAUCCCUCAGCAAACCAUUGCCCUUGGAAGAAACCCCCUAACCCAACCGAGGGAGCCGCAUCCUGAAGCUGGACUGGUAGAGCUGUGAGAGAAAAUACGCUGCGGGGGCUAACGCGGGGACUGCAGUAGCCAUGGUAGCAGGGAACGUGCAACAUGCGUAGCCUGUGAAGGCGGAGGAAGCGGAGCCUGAUGGUUGCUGGAAGUAGAAAGGCGCCGUGGCGACCGACGACAGCGGGUUGGGGGCCUGGACCCGUCCGGGAGUUCCGCAUGGCGUUUCGACGGCGUCCAUCCUGGCGCCAAUGCUUUGCACCAACUCGGCGAGGGUUUGUAGAACCGGGUGGAUGUCCGUGUUGGGAACUUGUUGGUGGUGUUGUUGAUACCGGGGACCGAAAAGAACGGCUUUCUGCGCUCGCUUGCCGGGACCAGAAGUAGUAGGCCGACCAGCACGAAUCCGAAGUUAUGACCUCUUGGUGUGUAUUAACCGACGUAGCAACUAAGCGACGAGAUAUGCGAGAUAAUCAGAAGCACAGUAAAGCAGCAGCAUGCGUCGAACGAAGACCUGAGCAGCAAAGACAUAUGUUAGACUACUCUUUAUAGAGCAGGUGUAGGCAGGUGAUUGGUAGCUGGUGAUUGGUGAUUGGCGGCCAGCCGCGCGUGAUUUGAGUCCUCCUGGUAGAACUACCAGCAAGCUUAACAUUUCCUGUAAACGACAAGUUCAUGUAUGUACCCAUCAUGGGGUCUCUUUCAUCUAUGUUUAGGAACAGGGAACUUUCUAACAGUUUCCAAAAAACUAAACCACACCAGGAGGGUUUUUACAGAGAUGUAAAUGAUGGCUCAUACUUCAGGAACCACAUUUUAUUCUCACAACAAGAAAAAAUGCUUUGCAGAUACAGCUCUACUACGAUGAUUUUGAAACUGCUAAUCCAUUAGGCUCAAAAAAGGGAAUUCACAAACUUGGCUGCAUUUAUUUUAUUUCUAUCAGCAAUUUUAUUUUAUCUUUCCCCGAAGCUUAAUUCUGUGUUGAUGAACAUACAUCUUGUUGCCCUCUUUCACUCAGAGGAUUUAAAGAAAUAUGGGUUUGAUCCCAUUCUAAAGCCAUUUCUCAAUGAUUUAAAGAUUUUAGAGGCUGAUGGAAUGCAGGUGCCCUUUCAACCAGUGGCGGCUGUUGGUCUUUUAAAGAGGGGAAGCUCAUUUUUGGCCUACAUCAAAAUAGUUGUCAAUUUAUUUAUACCUCAAUUCGGCCCUCCGUUCCUUUUCAAGAAAAUGCUAGCUGGCUAGUUCACUCCGACCUAGCCAACAGUAUAAAUGAACGAACUAACGAAACGAUAUUAAUCUCGGAACAAGGAAAUGCGGAAAGUAUGUUAAACUGAAACAAGGAAAUACAAUAAAUGUGUUUUAUUCACAGUGUAAGAAAUUAAUAAUGGAAGCAAUUUCGCCAAGCAAAUACCAAGAAAUGUGUUGCAGUUUGUCAUGAGACUUUACUUGCAAAAUCCGCGAUGGGACUGAACUCAGAUAGUGAAGUGACUGUGUAUAUCUCAAAAUAGCUGUCAAUCAAAAAGUGAUUCAGACUUUCGACUGAUCCUCCAAUCAUAACGCGGAAGCCCAGCGUCCAGGCUAGCACAGGCCAGCCCACUGCUCCAUCCACCCCCAGAGACGCUGAGCGUCCGGGGGCGGGACAAAUCUGGGCAUUUAUCCAAUGACCGUCGAGUUUCGAGGCAAUGAAAAAAACUGUUCCAUGCAGUCUCAUUGAAGUGAAUGGACGCUCGGCUUCUACGGUCUAAUGCAUUGACAUUACGGGAAUGUAUGAGAAGUUAACAAAAUCGAGUCAGUCUUGGAUAAGAUUCUUAUCGAACUCGUCUUCGACAUGAACGUAUUUUAACGAAUUUGUAGUCAAUGAAAUGUUAACACAACAAUACAUAUUUGACAAUUUAAUGUUCGAAAUUUUAGGGGAAGCUGAGCUUCCCUUGCAGUCUUAGAGAAAUCGCCACUGCUUUCAACCCACACCUUUGAAAGGUUCAGUUUUUCAGGUUACAGGUGACAACUUGGCUAUACAUGGCCUUUUUGGUUUUGUCGAAUCGUUUAGUGCAAAGUACUGUUGUCGCUUUUGUUUAACUGAAAAGGGAGAGAUGCAAUCAGUUUUCAGUGAAGAUCAUCCAGGUUUAACUCUACGUUCUAAAGCCCUUCAUUCAGAACACUGAGACACUGCCGUUGAACAAAAUCCAGCUUUGGCCUCAACAUUUGGUGUGAAAAAAGCAUGUCCUCUCAAUUCCCUCCAGCUGUUCCAUACGUCAGACAACUACGCAGUAAUAUAAUGCACGAUCUACUGAAAGGAGUGGUGCAGUACGAGUUAAAGCUGGUGUUUCAGUACUUGAUGAAGAACUCAAUAAGCUCAUUAAGCUCAUUGUCAGAAAGAAUCAUGAGCUUUAACUAUGGAUUUACACAGAGAAAAAACAGGCCACGUGGGGUAAAACUGGACGAUGAUAGCAACAAUCUUGGCCUUAGUGCUGUUCAGUCACGGUGCCUCUUGUGCAAUACCCCAUUGAUGUUUGGAGAUUUAGUUAAGAGGAAUGAUAGCUGCUGGAACUUGCUGCUCCUCUUAAUACAAAUCGUCAACAUUGUCUUUUCACCUAUUGUAACCCAUGGUAUGACUUGCAAUUUGAAACAUCUGAUUUUCGAUCAUCACAAGCUUUUUAAAUCUGUCUUUCCAGAGCGAAAUCUGCUUCCAAAGCACCACCACAUGAUACAUUACCCAAGGUUUAUUAGAAAGAUUGGGCCACUAUUACACAUGUGGUGCAUGAGGUUCGAAGGCAAGCACAACUUUUUCAAAAGGUCUGUGAAGAACUUUAAAAACAUCACAAAAACACUGGCAAAGAGACAUCAGAAUCAGUUGGCUUUUCAUUUAAGGUUUUUAUUUUAAAAGAUUCCAAUUUGGCCCCAUUACAGAAGUCUUGGUCAGCAGUUUGGAGGGCAGUGAGGCGCUGAAUGAAACUUUAAAUUUGUCUUGUGUUUCCACAACUACCUGGGUCAAAAGCUAUGGCACAGAGUAUCAGCCUGGGAUGUAUGUAUGUUCUGGUGUUGAAAAUGAGAUGCCGUUGUUCAACAGGAUUGUCAGUGUUAUUGUAAGAGAUGACAGCGCUUAUCUUCUAACUUGUACUGUCUCAACAAUGUAUUUUGAUGAUCACUUAAAUGCAUUUAGCAUUGAGGAGAAAAACAAUGUCUUUACACUGAUGUGUGUAGAUGAUCUGCUGUACUACAGGCCGUAUGACAGGCAAUUAUCAAAUUACACUGACGACCAAAUGUUUAUUGUGCCAUACUCUGUUUUCGUGUGACUCCAUGCUGUACUUGUUUUUAAGAAUGUUUUGCAUUUGUGCUGUACCUGCCUUUAAUACACUAUUUUGUGAAAUGAUUUUUUCUUCUUGUAUUGUCUUUUGUA